AUGAGUUCCGGGGAGUGGGAUUUGCGUGCGCUAAAAGCGCUCGAGGAGGAGGAACAGAAGGAAUUUCUGGCCCUGAGCCAGAAGAAUCUUUUUGAGCCGGCGUUGCCCACAGGUGCCGCUGAGAAUGGCAGUGUUGGCCUGUCGAACGCCAAGCCGGCAUUGGCCUAUGCCCAACUGCAUCCGCAUCUUCUCAAGCUGCCCACCAUCGAUGAAUGUCAGCUAAUUGCCGCUCAGCGUCAAUCCGCAGGCAGCCUCGCCAGCGGAGCUCGUCUAAAGUUCACUCGUGCUCUUUCACUCUCCGCACACUCAUUGUCACCACGUGCAGGUGGAUCCGGUUUUGGCAAGAAGCUUAAGGCACGCCUGGUGGGUGCCAAGUCCAGUGGAUCCCUGUCCCCAUCGCGUCAUUCCCACAGCUACAGUGUCUCCCCUGUGUACACUCCACCGCCAAUGCGCCGUUGCGCCACUUUGCACCACACGCAACCGGUACGCAAGACCUUUAAGACCCUACAGCAGCUGGAGCGGCAGAAACGGCAGAGUAGUGCAUCACAGGCAACAACGCAGCCGCAGCUGCAGCGAAUUGUGGGCACCAAUAAGACAUAUUGGAAGUAUGGCGCCAACUCCACAGCUGCUUCUAUCAUUGGCCAGCGUGCCAGACUCCAGCAACAACAGCAGCUAAGCGAACUAGAGUCCAAUAUCUCAGACGAGCCUAAUGUGGACCUCCUCGAAUCGGAGGCUCACGACAGUGCCACAGAGACAGGCUCAUGUAGUGUACCUCUGCCACCGGCGGAUUCCAAUGAAUUGUUGCGCUUAAGCAUGAUGUUAACUGCUGCCAGUUCGGCUAUUACUGGAACAGCGACAGCAGCAACAGUAGCAGCAGCAGCAGCAGCAACUGGUGGGUCGAUGAGGCGCUAUCAACCCCAAGGCGAUGCCGAGGACGAUGUCAAUGCCGAAACUGUUGCUUACGAAGCUUUUCACCGACCCAAAAGCUUUGAGCGUGCUCUCUUACGUGGUAGCAGCUUAACAGCGCAAGAGAGUCACAAUAACAGUCACAAUAACAGUCACAGUCCCAGCCCAAGUCAUAACAGAAGUCGAGCAAUGCAAUCCACAAGCAGCGGCCGAAUAUUUAAGUCAACCUCACUGGAUGCAGCCCAUGUGAGUGUGGAUGUUGGUCUGCCAUUGGCUGUGGGUGUGGCCUGUUAUGGCCAUGGUGCGUCGCUAGGUGGCGCCACACUUGACGAUGAGCUGGAGCAACAUAUCAAGCAUUGUUCCUGCUCCUGUAAUCAUAUGGGCUAUGGCAAUUCAAUGGACUACCAGUCGACUCUGGCCCUGAAGCUUCAGCUAACAGAUUGCCGCCAGGAGAACAUUUUGUGGCAGAAGACUCCUAUGCAGGUCUCAAUUGUUUCGACGUGA